AAUACCGGACUGGUUUCAUGACUGUGCAGUGAAAAGCCUAGUAAUGAACAGGUGGAACUAAUUGCUCUCGCGACGACGUCUGGUCUCCAGGGUGACAGGAGUAUGACCCGCUGACGACUGUCGUGUCCAAACCAGCUGAAGGAGAACAGACAGGGUCAGUCUAUCAGGUGUUAAAGGGCAAGGUUUUGAUCAGAAACUGACUUCUAGAGAGAGUUAAGGCCUGCUCAACAAAUGUGAUGGAUUACAGGGGUGUUGGCCGAAAGACCGAACUUGAAUCCAGUCCUGACUCUACAAUGGCUAAGACAUUUAAUUUACCAAGUGACCCCUUUGAGAGCUCAGCAGAUACCCCACCGAGAGACGGGCAGCUUUCUACAUCACCCGACUCCGACGGUAUUUCCAGCCUGAGUGAAAGAGAAGCCAGUGGCUCCCCUUACAUCAACACAGACCACUGUCUAAACGAACAUUCCUCUGUGGGCAACAGCCACACUUUCACCUCAGCACAGCAGGAUCUUCUCACCGUUGUAACUUCAAAUAUGAAUGAAACAUUUAUUAACGCACCUGUAAUUAGAAGUCCGGAUUCCCAGGACAAAAGUUUGAGCCUAGCUCAUCAUGGACAAACUGGACCUGAGACAGAUGAGAGUUCUAGUAAACAUGGAGAACAAGACGAUAAGAAUGAGGAGAUCGCCUCAAACGCGGCUGGAGGAGAAGGCAAGUUGAGUUCAAGUGACACUUCCUGUUGUGGAUACAGUGGGAAUGGGCACAUCUUACUAAGCUCUGGAGAAAUGGUGGUGAGAAGUCACGGUUCGUGUCUGGAAGAUCAGUGCCUCGUGAUAUUCUCCUCGAUGGAGGAAUCAAGCGUUUCUGCUACCGCAGGCACCAUGUCUUUGCCUUUAGAGUCUAUCAUGCCAGAUGUUUGCAAAGCAUCCACAGAGCAAGAGACCAAGGAAAGCAUGGGACAUCCUACUCUUGGUGUGACUUUCAACCAGGCGAACAGUUUGGAUAAUCUCACUGAGGAAAUUGAUACGUCAGCAUUCGACUCCCAUGUACCACUGCCAAGUGAAGGUGGUCUUUUCUUGACCUUUAUUUGUGAAACACCGACCGACCAGACAAACCAGGUCAAGUCUUCUGGUGCUGACGCAGAGCUUCUGCCUCAGGUUACAGAAGAGUUUACUUCAGAACUUGGCAAAACCUUUGGGUCCACUGUGUCAGGAGCGCAGGACAGCGAUGGUGACAUUCAUACGUCCACUCCGGUGCAGUGCAUUGCAAACAAGAUACCUAACCUCUCCUCUCUCCUCUCUCCUUUCAAUGAAAAUGUUAACAGCCCAAGUUUGCAGCUCGAGAAAAGGAAGCACAUUUUUGUCGCCUCUAAAGAGUGUCCGGUUGCAGGACUCACACCAUCAAUCUGCAAAGUCAAGAAAACAGAAUCACAGAAGGUUCCCAUAUCCGACAUUGAUACUGUGAAAUAUAAAGAUUUAACUAGAAUGACACAGCGAGCAGCUGUACCAGGCACUGAUAAACUACAAAAGUCCCAGCAGGUUAAAAAAAAUGGUGAGGUUAAUAAAAAAAACACUUUUAGGUUUACCACUACCAAAGUUAUGGGCAGAAAUACGGGCGCCUCUGCUACCUCUAAAACAUUUGGUCCUACUGGACAAGUUAAAAGAGCUGCUGCUUCAGGACUAACUGGCAAAUCUUCACAUGGGUGUGAUGCAGUAUCUUUACCUGAUCUCCAUCCAGCUGUCCAAGAAUAUGUUCCAGUGGUCCAGUGCAGUGAAAGCAACUUUGAAGGGAUGCCAGCAAACACCAGCCAAGUAUCCAAGGAAUCGGCACAACAUGCUGGCGGCCUGAGCAGUACUUCGGAAAUGUCAUCGUCUAGACGGAGCCAAGUGGAUCCCAAACCCACUCCAAAGAAGGGUGUUUCAAACAAAACUGGGGUCGGCUCAGGUUCAGCUGUGGGUCAAGACAGAAUGUGGGCUCGCCGCUACGCUGAGGGUUUGCCCAAAGACAAGAAAGCAACUCAAGGGGUCGCGGCUGGUUUUCCAGCUUCUCGAGAUGAUGGUGGCAAGAAUUCAACCAAAGCAGGCAGUCCGAAGUGCCCUUCUCAGCUUAAGCACGUUGAGGAAGCAAACAGUCCUGCGAACAACUCAAGAGGAGUAAAGAAGACCAGUUUGGUGGCAGAAGCCAGCAAGUCAGCAGGAGCUCAUCUGAAUGAAAAUAAAAGUAGAACUCAAGAUCUUGGUUCUCCCAGACAAAAUAGAGGAGCACCACGUCCCCAGCCUCCAGCUGCCAGUCCCAGACUCACCCCUCUGUCAGCCAGGUCCAAACGGGGAGCCCUGAGAACGACUGAGAGCAGGAUCACAGGAACUGCUGGGAAGGCCCAAACAAGCACAAGUGGCGAAGGCAGUCACAAAGUCGUGGGAACAGAGGAGACAUCCACAGGCAUUAAGCUCCAUCAAAAUGCACCCAAGCCUCCUCAAACUCCCGGUCGCUCCUCACUCGUGGGCCGUCCCGUGGUUCCUGUUAGACCCCCAAAGAAGAUCUCGGUUAUGGGUCAGGAUUCUAAGAAUACACCAGUUUCCGGAAGAGCUGCACAGAAAUCAACACCAAUUAAAUCUUCUUUGCUGAAAGCAAAGCUUAUUUCAGCUCCUUCAAGAAACAAUGGAUCAGCGACCUUGACUGCAGCUUCCACAAGCAAAGGAUCAUCAAGCUCUGCAGUCACUCCACUGAAAAAGACAAACCAUGGAAGACUUGUUGAACAAACAUAUUGUGGAACUGUGGACAAAAACAAAGCCAAGACCGUCUCCAGGCAGCAUCAACAGCAGCCUUCCCAACAAGCAAAGGGCUCUCCGUCUCCAACUGCAGCACAGGACGAGACGAAAGAGCAGAUAAUCCAUCGGCUCAAAGAACUCCUGACAGACAGCAACUGUAGGUUCCAGGCCCUUGCCAUUGUUCUGCAGCAAAAUUUGGCUCAGUGUGACGAUGCCACCACGCAGUGCAGGGAGCUGUCUCAGGAACUGGUCAGCCUUAAAGGAGAGCUGGCUUGUUCUGUCCACUCGUCUGAGUGCCUGGAGAGGGAAAAGGAAGAGUUGCGCGCUGCUCUGCAGGACGCGACACGGAGGCUGCAGGAAGAGCACCAGCAGGAGCUGGCUGACCUGGAGCAGAAGCUGCAGGCUGUCCACAGGGCUGAAUGGGACCAUGUUCACCUCAACUACCAGGAGGAAGCAAACAAGUACAAGGCUCUCAUGCAGCAGCAGAUGGAAGAGCUGAAAGCCAAUCAGGAAGCCAUGAAGGUGCAACUAGAGAGCCGCCACGCAGAGCAGCUGCAGUCUGUUAGGCAACAGUAUGAAUUGUCUUUGGAAGAACUCAGGAGAGUCCACGCCCAGGAGCUGCAGUCUUUGGAGCAAGAACUAAAAGACUCAGAAGCUGCUCUGUCUGCACAGAUUGAGGAGCUGACAGUAGAGAAUAAUGCCCUGUUAGAGAAGCUAGCUGCAGAGAAGAGCAGGAGGAGGGAGCUGGUAGAAAACACUCAGAAGGACUCUCACACUCUGUACUUGGAGCAGGAGCUGGAGAGUCUCAAAGUCGUGCUGGAAAUGAAAAACAAACAGCUGCACAAGCAGGAGAAAAAGCUCAUGGACGUCGGCAAACUGACGGAUAAAAAGGUACAGUUGGAUGAAAUGCUCAUAAAGGUCCAGCAAGAAAAUGAAGACCUGAAAGCCCGGAUGGAAAGGCAUGCUGCUCUGUCGAGGCAGCUGUCCACGGAGCAGGCCCUGCUGCAGGAGUCGCUGCAGAAGGAGUCCAAGGUGAACAAGCGGCUGUCCAUGGAGAACGAGGAGCUGCUCUGGAAGCUGCACAACGGAGACGUCGGCAGCCCCCGCAGGCUGUCCCCCAGCCCCACCUCGCCCCCCCACCCUUUCAAGCUGCAGUCGCCCCGCGCCUCCGGCUUCUUCUCCAGCCCCCCUUUGUCCCCCAGAUAGCGGUGGGCCCCUGCUUCCAGGAAGCAAAAGCGACCCAGGUUCAGCUUUCCUCCUGGAAUAAAAAGCCGAUUGAAUCUUGCCAGCUUGAACCUUGGCUCUUCGAGGACUAGAUGAGCUCCACCACUUCCUGUAUAAAGAUGCUAAAUACUGUAAAGAGAAACGUUGCACAGAAGCACUUAAUGCCACCUUGUUGUUUGCCUUUGACAACUGAUCAGAUGGAGGCUGAGGAGAAAAAUCUCAGGACUUUUAUUAUUACUUCUACCGUUUUUGUCGUCAGAGGCUCGUCUUCCCUAAAGCUCAUGUGUACAUGUGCAGAUUCAGCCUUUCGGUGUUGAUGAGCUUUUGUGUUUUUUCCUGAUUCUGGACUCCACAGCCAUGAAAAGUCUGACUUCAGGAUAGCUAAGGGUGUACAUAUUUAUUCAGAAUAUCUAAGGAAUCCAUUCAGACUUCAGCACCUUUUCUCACAAGCCUAACAGCGAGUCUGUCGUUUCAUACGCUGGCCUUGAACACCCAUUUCCUUAAGGUUAUUUUUGUUCACAGGGUGUGUGUGUGUGUGUGUGGUUUCUGUUAAGUCUGCACAACCAGCUUUAAUGUUUCUGCUUUCUUUGACCAGGAGACCAAUCUGAGUCUUUGUUGGUGCGUUUGCCUCCCAUCUGUGACCUCAUAAAGGAAGAGUUAGCUUUAAGGUCAGGGUUCUGUUUCUGGGUUUACACUAACGGCUUCGCUCACAUCAGGGACGCUGGAUGUUUCAAAAGGUGUGGAUAUUUUGUGUGUGGAAAUAUUACAGAUGUGUUGAGCCUUUUUUUGAAAUAUGCAAUUAAUAAACUCUUUUAUUAAACCUGAA